AUGGAAAUGUUUCAAACCGCAGUUGGUUGUAUUUUGCAUUUGAUCUCUACUUUAGAUGUUGAAAGUGAGUUCCAUUUUUAUAGUCUAAAUAUUCAGUUAUAUGAUGGCUUCAGUGGGUCAGAUGCACCAGAUUGUUUAAUGCGCUAUCUAUACAGAACCGUAGAUAAGGAACUAGAAGGACUGCUUUGGGAUUAUGAAGAUGAAUCUCCAGGCAAUUCAUUAAAACCUGUACCUCACAAGACUGAAAAUACUGAGAUUAGUUCUGGGUGCAGCUGGGAGGACCAACCAAACAUUCCUUCAACGGAAGUAAUUUCUUGUAGUUUAGCAGAAUCAUGUAAACCGGAAUUUUUUGGGUGUCCGCAAGCUAGCUCUGAAAUAGUUGCCCAAGUUGGGAUGAGCUUUGAACAGCAAUUACCUAACUGCGUAAAUUCGAGCAUCUCAGGAACUUCUUCUGUCUGUGUUCCAACUGCAAAUAUAACUGGUCAAGGCAGAAAAAGCAAGCAACUUUAUGAGCUAUUUCAGAUGGAACAUUGGGAUGAACCAGGUUAUUUGCCUGCCUCAGUUGUUGUGAAACAAAUAAAGGAUCCAUGGGUUUGUUAGCCGAAAUUAGAUUCUUUGGCUUAUGGGGAAACCUCAUAAUUAUAACAGCUACAACCUAGCUCAUUGCACCCGAAGGAAGAUAGUUCUAGCUACUUGGGUGAAGAUCCCACCACGUAAGGAGAAGGUAGACGGGUGGGGAUUGAAAACAGUGUCCAGGAUUUCAAGCUUCUAUAUUUGGGGCAAAGGCAGACUAUAGGAAAGGUUUUUAUCGUUUCCAAGAUUAAUAAAAUGUAUAUCAAGUAGAAGUCAUUGCGUAAGAAACUUUUUCCUUGGAGUCAUGAUUGGCACAAAGAAGAUAGUUGUGUUGAUGUGAAAAUGGCAGAACAAAUGGGACCUAUUAGGACAUGCAAAUCAAGAAUUGUAGAUCAUGCUGCAGUUUUAAGAGCAAUGGCUCGAGCGCUUGAACAGACUGAAAAUGCUUUUAUGGAAAUGUUGGAAAAGGUUCUUGACAAAAACCCAGUAACAGCUUUGAUGGGUUCAUGUGUUUUAGUGAUGUUAAUGAAGGAUCAAGAUGUGUAUGUCAUGAACCUUAGCGAUAGCCAUGGGAUUUUGGCACAAGAAAGACCAAAUGGUAGCCAUCCAAAUCAAAAUUUUGAGAAGGAUGUGAGGCACAGGAAUAGAUCCAGAGAGUCACUGGUUCAUAUGAAGCUGGACAGAACCUGAGAGUCUCUAAUUCACAAUCGAAACAGUCCGGUUAACAUGGUAAACAAAAAGGGGGAAAUCUCCAUAUGCAGAUUAAAGAUGGGGGCACUUCAACUUUUCUCAGAUCACAGCACAAACAUUGAGGAGGAAGUUUUAAGGAUAAAAGCAGAACACCAUGAUGACAACCAAGCCAUAUUCAAUGACAGAGUGAAGGGCCAAUUAAAGGUCACCAAAGCAUUUGGUGCUGGGUUCUUGAAGAGGCCAACUUGUAAUGGAGCUUUGCUGGAAAUAUUCCGGGUUGAUUAUGUGGAACUGCAUCCCUCUAUUAUUCACCAUCGACUUUCCCCGAUUUGUGGUACACUUUCCUAUGGGCUUUAUCGGUAUUCAAGCAAUGAAGAGGUAGUUGCCCAUAUCACACGGCUCAUGGAAAAAGUACCUGAAGGUGAUCCUGCACAUUAUCUCAUUGCUGAGUUUCUCUUCCGUGCUGCCAAAAGGAAUCGUUAGUCUUGUUGGUUUGCAUUUAUCGGCGGUAAUCUUAUGAUGAUGGUUGAUGUUGAUUGUAGGAAUGGAUUUUCGUGAACUGCUUGAUAUACCUUACGGAGACGACGUAAA